CCCAGCGUCAGUCACUUACUAAAAACCAGAGCGUUAAGACGCCACUGCAAAAGAAAGUAACAGUAAAUUGAAUAGAGAAAGGUCUCAAGAUGGCAAACAUCCCAAUGUUGUUUAACCUGGCCGACGAUUUAGGACGUCUUUCCAUGGUUCCUUUCUACGAGCCAUUCUACUGUCAGCGGCGGCAUAAUCCUUACCUUUCCCUAGCAGCCGCUCCAUUUGAGCAACAGUUGCAGCAAUUGGAAAAGCAAGUGGGAGGCAUACCCGAGGCACCAGUUUCUAGAGUGGGCAAGGAUGGCUUCCAGGUGUGCUUGGACGUGUCCCAUUUUAAGCCUAGUGAGCUGAGUGUUAAGGUACAAGACAAUUCCAUCCUCGUCGAGGGCAAACAUGAGGAGCGAGCGGAUGACCAUGGUUAUAUUACACGGCAUUUCGUGCGCCGCUACAAGAUGCCAGAGGGCUAUGAGUCCGACAAAGUGGCCUCAACUCUAUCCUCUGAUGGAGUCCUCACUGUAUCUGUGCCGAAGCCACCGGCCAUUGAAGAUAAGGCCAAUGAACGCAUUGUCCAGAUCCAGCAAGUAGGCCCAGCUCAUCUGAACGUAAAAGCCAAUGGCAAAGACGAAUCUGAACAGCAGGAUAAUGGCAACGAUAAAUAGAGGGUUCGGAGAAGGGAAACCAAUCAACCACAUAUUAAUAUAAAAUAGCCGUCUGCAUUUAAUAGAAAUAUCAAA